UUAUAUUUUUUUCGCUCUAUUCUCUAUCGCUCGCCAUAAAACCAGUCUGGAACGUUAGUGGGAGAGCCCCGUGAGAACAGGGGAUGGAGUUUUAGAGAGAGAAAGAGGAGACGAUAGAGAGAGAAGGCUGCAUAGUUGGUGAGAGAAAGAGGGACUUCGCCUCUGCGAAGGGCGGCGCCUUUGUGCAGGGUGAAAGUUGGAAUUGAGAGAGAGAGAGAGAGAGAGAGAGAGCGGCGCCACAUGAGAGAUUAGAGAGAGAGGGUGGGAACUUUUAGAGAGAGGGAGUUUUUGACAAUUGUCUGAAAUGGCGGGCUCUUUAAUGGCGGCUGCUUCUACUGUCUGUCCUCCGAGCACUAGGUCACUUGAGGAUUACAGUUUCGGGGGCAGAUUAAACCUAAUCCCCUUUCAGUUCUCGGCCAGUUGCAGCCGCAAAACUAGAGUGAGAAGCCAAUCCAUUUGCGAUAUACAAAGGUGGCCUCAUGAAGGUGGAAGAUGGAGAAUUCGCAAGGGAAGCAGUAGUGCACGGAGACAACUAAGUCCUGUCCUUGAUGAAUCAACACUCAUGUCAUGUUCAUAUGAACGACACAAUCAUUCUUCAUGCUUUCGGAAAAAUCAUAGACGCGGACAUUACACAAAAGGAUAUGUGCAGAAGGGUGCAUUUUCAUCAAGAAACAUCUUAGUUGACAAGUCAACUUUCUCUCUAUCAAAAUUCUCUGUUAAACUUCUCCCGGUGAGACGAUCCUUUACUCCAUCUGCAACAAUAGGCCCAGAUGAGCCACGUGUGGCAAGUACAACCUGGCCUGAGGAUGCUGUCAUAGAGAAACAAGGCUUGGAGUUAUGGGAUCCUGAGAUCGAAAAUGCAGAGCUAGAAAGGUUUCUGAGUUCUCCACUUCCACCUCAUCCAAAGUUGUAUCGUGGACAACUGAAAAAUGGACUUCGCUACUUGAUUUUGCCUAACAAAAUUCCCGCAAAUAGGUUUGAAGCUCACAUGGAAAUUCAUGUAGGAUCCAUAGAUGAGGAAGAUGAUGAGCAAGGAAUUGCACAUAUGAUUGAGCAUGUGGCAUUUCUGGGAAGUAAGAAACGCGAAAAACUUCUCGGGACCGGUGCUCGCUCUAAUGCAUACACAGAUUUCCAUCAUACGGUGUUCCAUAUUCAUGCCCCUACUUCAACUAAGGAUUCUGAUGGUGAUCUACUGCCAUUCGUUCUGGAUGCUUUGAAUGAGAUAGCUUUCCACCCCAAGUUCCUUCCAUCCCGAAUUGAGAAAGAAAGACGGGCAAUCCUUUCAGAGUUACAGAUGAUGAACACAAUUGAAUACCGUGUUGAUUGCCAGCUUUUGCAAUAUCUCCAUUCAGAGAACAAGCUGAGUAGGAGAUUCCCAAUUGGAUUAGAGGAGCAAAUUAAAAAGUGGGAUGCCGAUAAAAUCAGGUCAUUUCAUGAGCGGUGGUACUUCCCUGCAAAUGCUACUUUAUACAUAGUGGGGGAUAUUGAUAACAUUGCCAAGACAGUUUACCAAAUUGAAGCUAUGUUUGGGAAAACUUAUGUUGAGAAUGAGACAACCCCAACACGUACACCCAGUAAUGCAUUUGGUGCAAUGGCAAGUUUUCUUGUCCCAAAGCUACCAAGUGGUUUGGCUGGCAGUUUAUCUAGUGAAAGGUCGGCUACUUCAGCAGAGCAAGUAAAACCUUCUCAAAAGGAAAGACAUGCCAUAAGACCUCCCGUCAAGCAUAGAUGGUGUCUACCUGGGACUGGGCAGGAGAUAGAGCCUCCACAAAUUUUUCAGCAUGAGUUACUACAGAACUUCUCCAUCAAUCUGUUCUGCAAGAUUCCUGUAAACAAAGUUCAGACUUUUGGAGAUCUGCGAAAUGUUCUGAUGAAGAGAAUUUUUCUAUCAGCAUUGCAUUUUCGAAUCAAUACGAGAUAUAAGAGUUCAAAUCCUCCAUUCACAUCAAUUGAAUUGGACCAUAGUGACUCGGGUCGUGAGGGAUGUACAGUUACCACUCUUACUGUCACUGCAGAACCCAAGAACUGGCACUGUGCAGUUAAUAUUGCUGUUCAGGAGGUACGGAGGCUCAAGGAGUUCGGUGUCACAAAAGGCGAAUUGACGCGUUACAUGGAUGCUCUUUUAAAGGACAGUGAGCACUUAGCAGCAAUGAUCGAUAAUGUUCCUUCUGUUGAUAAUUUGGACUUUAUAAUGGAGAGUGAUGCCCUUGGUCACACUGUGAUGGAUCAAAGACAAGGACAUGAUUGUUUGGUUUCAGUUGCAGAAACUGUUACACUUGAAGAAGUCAAUUCUGCUGGUGCAAAGGUCUUGGAGUACAUCUCUGAUUUUGGAAAUCCCACAGCAUCUCCCCCUGCGGCAAUUGUUGCAUGUGUUCCAAAAACAGUUCAUGUAGAUGGAGUGGGUGAAGUUGAAUUCAGGAUUGAUCCAAAUGAGAUAACAGAGGCUAUAAGAGAAGGUUUAAAUGAACCCAUAGAGGCUGAACCAGAGUUGGAGGUUCCUAAGGAACUUAUAUCAUCUUCACACCUUUCUGAACUGAAGUCAUUGUGCAAACCAGCAUUUGUGCCGCUAAACCCAGAUGUUAAUGCAACAAGAAUAUUUGAUGAGGAAACUGGCAUCACUCAGUGUCGCCUUUCAAAUGGAAUUCCUGUAAACUACAAGAUCACGCAGAAUGAAGCUAAGGGGGGUGUUAUGCGGUUGAUUGUUGGAGGUGGAAGAGCAAAUGAAACCUCAGAGUCGAGGGGAUCGGUUGUAGUUGGUGUUCGUACUCUGAGUGAGGGAGGAAGAGUAGGCAACUUCUCAAGGGAACAGGUAGAGCUUUUCUGUGUGAAUCACCUUAUAAACUGCUCCCUGGAGUCCACUGAGGAGUUUGUUUGCAUGGAAUUCCGGUUCACUUUAAGAGAUGGUGGUAUGCGUGCAGCUUUUCAACUUCUCCAUAUGGUUCUUGAGCAUAGUGUAUGGCUGGAAGAUGCUUUCGAUAGAGCAAGACAGCUUUAUUUGCAAUAUUACCGUGCCAUUCCAAAAAGCUUAGAGCGUGCGACUGCUCACAAGCUCAUGAUAGCUAUGUUGAAUGGUGAUGAGCGGUUUUUUGAGCCUACACCAGAGUCACUACAACAGUUAACUCUGCCUAUUGUAAAGAAUGCAGUUAUGAAUCAGUUUAGAGGUGAUAAUAUGGAGGUCAGUAUAGUUGGUGACUUCACAGAGGAUGAGAUCGAGUCUUGUAUUCUUGAUUAUCUAGGCACGGUCACGGCAACAGGAAGUACUGAGAAAGGGAACGAAUAUGAACCAAUCUUCUUUCGACCAUCUCCUUCUGAUCUGCAAUCUCAACAAGUUUUCUUAAAGGACACAGAUGAGAGAGCAUGUGCAUAUAUUGCGGGCCCUGCACCAAACCGCUGGGGAUUGACUAUUGAAGGACAAGAUCUUUUUGAGCUUGUAAAGAAAGGCUCACUUGUUUCGGAUGAUGAGCAACGUAAACCUGUGGAAUCAAAAGAUGGAGAGGCCAACCUUUCAGGGAAGAUUCAGCAGCUUCCACUAUUUUUUGCAAUCACCAUGGGAUUGUUAGCUGAGAUUAUAAAUUCCAGGUUGUUCACGACGGUUAGAGAUUCUUUAGGCUUAACAUAUGAUGUUUCAUUUGAGUUAAGCCUUUUUGAUCGACUGAAAUUUGGAUGGUAUGUGAUCUCGGUCACGUCAACUCCGAGCAAGGUCUACAAAGCUGUGGAUGCAUGUAAGGAUGUACUUCGGGGUUUACAUAACAGCAAGAUAACCCAAAGGGAGCUCGAUAGGGCGAGAAGGACACUGCUGAUGAGACAUGAAGCAGAAAUGAAAUCUAAUGUCUAUUGGCUUGGAUUACUGGCACACCUACAGGCCUCUUCUAUUCCAAGAAAGGACAUAUCAUGCAUUAAGGAUCUCACCUCUCUAUAUGAGGCUGCAACAAUUGAGGAUGUAUACGUUGCCUAUAACCAUUUGAAGGUUGGAGAGGAUUCUUUAUAUUCCUGCAUUGGAGUUGCAGGCUCACAAGCCAGGGUUGAAGCGGACUCUGCAUCUGUGGUCAGUGAAGAAUCAGAUGGAAGUGCCGCUGGUCUUAUCCCCAUUGGUCGUGGCCUUGCAACAAUGACUCGUCCCACAACAUGAUCAAUGUCCCUGCGCUGCAGCACGGUUAGCCAUCAUGUUUUACUUCAAGCAUUCAGGAAAGUUUGGAGGAGCCCCAUAUCACAGAUCGCAUCUUUCAAAGUACAGGCCGAGGAGAUUCCAAAGUUCUUUCGAAGAAAAAAUAAUAUUUGCCUUUGGGUGCAUUUGCAAGCCGUUGAAUGUAUUUGUACUUUAGUCUCUCCAUUCAAUUCCUGUUUGAGGUACUAUAUAAGCAGCCAGAAAUUUGGCCCAUGGUGGGUCACUGUCAUAGAUAUCAGGCAUAAAAUGAUCAAUAAUAACUGGGUUUGGAAAUCCCUGAUUCUUCUGUAACAUAGAGGUGGUUUAACCACCCGCUCAUCUUAUGUGAUCCAUGGUCCUGAUUUAAUGUAAUGGGCAUAACCCUUGUUGUAAGUCUGUAUUUUGCGUUUGUAUCUGGCUAAAUCAUAUUCAUUGCAACGCAUCGCUGAUGUUCAAUUUA